AGGGAUCCUCCCCACACCGCCAAAUAAUUCUGCAGAUUAAACGCGAAUUGCAAAAUGGAAAUUUGCGCACAUAAAAGGUUUACGUGUCCCACUCUACCGACCUUGGAAUGUUGAUGUUGUGAGAAGUUUUGCCAAAUUUCCUGUCACGAUGCAGUCUCUCCAGUCCCUCCUCUUUGCUUUAGGGCUCAGCAACACUUCAAACCAAGCCCUCGAGUGCACGGCUUCGGCCUUUUCUUCAAUCCUCCCCUCGCAUGCGACACUCUCGUACGCUGUCUCCGUCCCAGCUAAUGGCUCCUUUGCUGAUCCCUCUCCGGAAUUCCCAGUAAACGACACUGGUCUACCAGCACUGUGUGCCAUAUCCGUCAAUGUCCUCUCUUCAUCCAAUUCCUCGUUCAAUUUCGGUCUCUUCCUUCCUGAGGACUGGAAUUCACGUCUCCUCACCUCUGGAAAUGGCGGCUUCGGCGGUGGGAUAAACUGGAACGACAUGGAGUCUUCCGUUUUAUCUGGUUUUGCAGCGAUGUCUACCGAUACGGGACAUCUCUCUACCCCAUUUGACGCCAGCUGGGCAUUGAAUAAUUCUGAGAGUCAAGUGGACUGGGCAUAUAGGGCUAUGCACGGCUCUGUUAUUCUCGCCAAGCAGAUUGUGCAGAAAUAUUACGGGAGAGAGAUCGUGAAGUCGUAUUAUUCUGCCUGUUCGACGGGCGGAAGACAGGGUCUGAAGGAAAUCCAAAUGUAUCCUGAGGAUUUUGAUGGAAUAUUGGUGGGUGCGCCGGCCUGGUGGACCACGCAUUUGCAAACUUGGACCUUGGAGGUCGGGCUUUGGAACCUCCCAGUCAAUGGCGCGAAUCACAUCCCAUCUGCAUUGUUCCCCGUCAUCGAAAAAGAGGUCAUGAAGCAAUGUGACCCCCAGGAUGGGUUGGUGGAUGGGAUUAUUUCAGACCCGCUAGGUUGCGACUUCAUGCCUGAAGCCCUCCUCUGCAGGCCGGGCUCCGACAAAACCUCCUGUCUCACGGCACCCCAAAUCGGGACCGUGUAUAAAAUCUAUAACGACUGGAUAGAAACGAACAACACAUUUGUCUUCCCGCACUUCUUUCUUGGUUCCGAAGCCGAGUAUACUGCCCUCACCAAUACCGAUUCCGGUGUCCCAGCGCCUCUCGGAACAUCUUGGAUCCAGAAUUUCCUGCGCAACGACUCAUCAGACGUGACCGACUGGGCGAGCGAAUUCUCUUAUGCUACCGUACAGCUAGCGGACAAGCUGAACCCUGGUAACGCAAACGCAGAUAAUUUCGAUCUCUCCCCCUUCGCGGCAAGGGGCGGGAAACUCAUCCAUUACCACGGAAUGUCCGACGGGCUCAUCGCCGCCGGGUCCAGCACCUAUUUCUACAAACAGGUUCUCGCAACGCUCAUUCCGAAGGGUGUUACUGUUUCGGAUUUCUACAGAUAUUACCUGGUUCCGGGAAUGCAACACUGCAGCUUUUCUUCGGUAGACGCGCCGUGGUAUAUCGGGGGCGGGAACCAGCCGUUUGCGUUAGGGCCUACCGUUUAUGGGGUGCCGGGAUUCAGGGAUGCGAAGCAUGAUGCGAUGCUGGCGUUGGUGGAGUGGGUUGAGAAUGGCAAGGCACCAGAGGAAAUUGUGGCUACAAAAUAUGUGGAUGAUGAUGUGAAUCUGGGAGUGAGGAGGCAGCGGCCUAUAUGUCCCUAUCCCGAGAGAGCGAAAUACGAUGGAACUGGGGAUCCGGACUUGGCGGAGAGCUGGGUGUGCGAAUCACCGUAUAGUACAUAGAGCACUGUAGAAGCCGAAUCUUGAGAUUCUGUUCUCUAGGAACAUUUUGAAAAGCCCCUUCCCAUCCUAAUUGCUC